AUGAAACUUUCAAAGAAAAGAUCCGAAGAUGAAAUACUUCAAAAAUCAUGUGAUGAGGUAUCUGAUAUUAAAUCUGAAUCUUUAGAAAUUGUUGAAGUUGUUAUCAGCAAAACAAACUCUUUUAUACCUACUAAUAGUAAAUGGAGAACAAAGAAAUGCUCCCUGUUGAAGAUUUCUUUAACUAAUAAAACACCUUUUAAAAAAGGUUUUGCUGUACGAAAAAAAAAGUUACAAUUGGGAAAACCGAUUAGUGUUGAUAAAAUUGAAGGUGAUGGGAAUUGCUUAUUUCGAGCUUUAAGUCAGGAAGUUUGUCUAAGUCAAGAGUUUUAUAAAAUACUGCGUCAACUAGCAAUUGAUACUCUUUUAAAAGCGGAAUAUAGAAAUGCUUUUGAUGCUUAUAUAUCAAAACCAGUUUUAAAAUACAUUAGUGAUUCAAAAAUGGUGACUGACCAAAUAUGGGGCACUGAAGUCGAAAUACAUGCAUUAGCAACUGCCUUGAAUACACCGAUUGCUGUUUACUAUAAGCCCCCUGAAGCUUCUGUAUUUUCGUGGUUUUUUUACAAAUCUCUUCUUCAAAAUACAAAUGGGUUUAAACUAAUGGAAAUAAAAGAAAAUGACCAAAUAGUUUAUCUGCAAAAUACUUGUGUACAUUAUGAUAGAAUUUUAGCUGUCAGUUGA